AAACAUGGAGUCGAGGAGGCUCAGGAGUACAUCCAGCAGUCAGGACUGACGCAGCUGCUGGUGAGGAAGUGCAGCAAAGGGACGGGCUUCAGCAAGCUGUGGCUGCUGCGAGACCUGGAGAUCCUCUCCAUCAUGCUCUACUCCUCCAAGAGGGAGAUCCACUCCAUGGCCCAGGACCCCGAGCGGGACCAGAGAGAGCAGGACAAGGAGCACGACUCGGACCACUCCAGCUGCUGCGCUGACGACACCGACGUCAACAAGCCCGACCCCCUGGAGGGUCUCGACGAGGAGACAAAGAUUUGCUUCCAGAUCACCCACGAUGCCUUAAACGCCCCGCUGCCCAUCCUGCGAGCCAUGUACGAGCUGCAGAUGAAGAGAACCGACUCCUUCUUCCUGGAGGUGCAGAAGAGGUCAGACACUUUCUUUUCUCAAU